GAGCUAAUAAAACAUUUUCUCCUCUCCUUGAAGCGGCAGCUUUUAGGACAUCUCUUUUAUGUCAGAGACACUUGCCUUGCUUCUUUGGGUUAUAAACUUUUGAUGCCAGACCUCUGCAGAACGUGCCCAACUGAAUCUUAAAGUAGCAUCUUGAAGAGAGAGGCAGAGAAAGAGCAAUCUGUGACCUUCAUCCCUGCACCUUCCUUCUUCCUCUCCCUUCCCGGCUGCCUCCCUCUUCCCCAGGGGAGCGUCAAGAAAGCUCUUUUUGGAUGCAGGAGGGGGCAUCUGGUUCUGCUAGGCUGGAAAGCUGAGGCAGGAUUUGAGGAAGAAUCAUUAGACUCCGGAGAGCCUGGACUCGUUUCUCCUCCUUCCCCCUCUCUGCUUCUGGCUUGCUCCAUCCCCUUUCCGUCUCCCCACAUCACCGCCAGUGACCCGCUGGUGUGCGGGGCAGGGGACAAGGACCGUGCCUCUGCUGGAGUUCUGGGAAGUUGUGGCUGUCGAGGAUGGGGGUCUGUGGGUACCUGUUCCUGCCCUGGAAGUGCCUCGUGGUCGUGUCUCUCAGGCUGCUGUUCCUUGUACCCACAGGAGUGCCCGUGCGCAGCGGAGAUGCCACCUUCCCCAAAGCUAUGGACAACGUGACGGUCCGGCAGGGGGAGAGCGCCACCCUCAGUAUAUUUGCCCAGGAGAAGGGCCUGGCCACUGUGCAUGAACUCCCCAUUUCUCAGACCAGGGAGGAGAUUCGUGAGUGUACCAUAGAUGACCGAGUCACCCGGGUGGCCUGGCUAAACCGCAGCACCAUCCUCUAUGCUGGGAAUGACAAGUGGUCCAUAGACCCUCGUGUGAUCAUCCUGGUCAACACACCAACCCAAUACAGCAUCAUGAUCCAGAACGUGGAUGUGUAUGACGAGGGCCCUUACACCUGCUCUGUGCAAACAGACAACCACCCGAAAACUUCCCGGGUCCACCUCAUAGUGCAAGUUCCUCCCCAGAUCAUGAAUAUCUCCUCAGACAUCACUGUAAAUGAGGGAAGCAGUGUGACCCUGCUGUGUCUUGCUAUUGGCAGACCAGAGCCAACUGUGACAUGGAGACAUCUGUCAGUCAAGGAAGGCCAGGGCUUUGUGAGUGAGGAUGAAUACCUGGAAAUCUCUGACAUCAAACGUGACCAGUCUGGGGAGUAUGAAUGCAGCGCCUUGAAUGAUGUUGCCGCACCUGAUGUGCGGAAAGUAAAAAUCACUGUAAACUACCCUCCCUAUAUCUCAAAAGCCAAGAACACUGGUGUUUCUGUUGGUCAGAAGGGUAUCUUGAGUUGUGAAGCCUCUGCAGUGCCUAUGGCUGAAUUCCAGUGGUUCAAGGAAGAUACCAGGCUAGCCACCGGCCUGGACGGCGUGAGGAUUGAGAACAAAGGCCACAUAUCCACUCUGACUUUCUUCAAUGUUUCAGAAAAGGAUUAUGGGAACUAUACUUGUGUGGCCACAAACAAGCUUGGGAACACCAAUGCCAGCAUCACACUGUAUGAAAUAAGCCCCUCAUCAGCAGUGGCAGGGCCUGGAGCAGUCAUUGAUGGUGUAAACUCGGCCUCUAGAGCACUGGCUUGUCUCUGGCUAUCAGGGACCCUCUUUGCCCACUUCCUCAUGAAGUUUUGAUAAGAAAUCAUAGGUCCUCUGAGCAACGCCUGCUUCUCCAUAUCACAGACUUUAAUCUACACUGCGGAGGGCAAACAAGUUUGGGCUUCUUUUUGUUUGUUUCUGUUCUUCUUUUUUUUUGGGGGGGAGGGUUGGUUUAUUUGAGUUUUUCUCCAGUUUGAAUGAGUGGGGUUGGGGGGAUGGGUGGGCAGGAUUCUACCAUGUGUAGGGUAAUCAUUCAUUGGUGUGUCCAAAAAUGGAAUCUAUCCCUGCUACCUGGGCCCUUUCCUUUCCUCUGCUCCUCUCCCCAUCAUCAUCACUACGAACCUCUCCUCCCCCAACACACCAAACCAUAAGCUCCAUUUGGGCAAAAACGUGCCUCAUGAUAAACACCCUGAAGACACAACUUGACUUACAAUGUAGUGCACAGCAAGAGUUAUAUCCAAGUGUCCUAUUAUCUGUGUCUUUUAAGCUUUGGGCCAUUUUCUUUAUUAUAAUGUACAUAUCCCUCCCUCCAUGUUUACUAUUAUCUAAUUACAUUGGGGUUCACAUCCUUUCUUUCUGGGAAGGUCUGAAUACACCCAUAUCCAUAUAUGUGUAUAUAUGGAUAUAUACACAUAUAUAUGUGGAUAUAUACACAUAUAUGGAUAUUCUUGUCACCUUCUCUA